CAAACGGGAUUUUUUUCUGGGGCACCGGCGGUUGAACUCUUCCUUUGGCAAGAUGGCGGCAGGAAGCAGUGGCGGUGGUGGCAGGCCCUGCUCGAAAAGCAGUGCCGAUUCUGGGUUCCUGGGACUGCGGCCCACUUCGGUGGACCCGGCGCUAAGACGGCGGCGGCGUGGCCCGAGAAAUAAGAAGCGGGGCUGGCGGCGGCUCGCUCAGGAGCCGCUGGGGCUGGAGGUUGAUCAGUUCCUGGAGGACGUGCGGCUGCAGGAGCGCACGAGCGGAGGCUUGGUGUCAGAGGCCCCCGAUGAAAAACUCUUCUUCGUGGACACUGGCUCCAAGGAAAAAGAGCUGAAAAAGAAGAGGACCAAAUUCCAGAAGAAGUCGCUGCUUCUCAAGAAACCCCUUCGGGUCGACCUCAUCCUUGAGAACACAUCCAAGAUCCCUGCCCCCAAAGACGUCCUCGCUCACCAGGUCCCCAACGCCAAGAAGCUCCGGCGGAAGCAGCAGCUAUGGGAGAAACUGGCGAAGCAGGGCGAACUGCCCCGGGAGGUGCGCAGGGCCCAGGCCCGGCUUCUCAACCCUCCUGUGACCAAGGCCAAGCCUGCGCCCCAGGACACCGUCGAGCGGCCCUUCUACGACCUCUGGGCCCUGGAUAACCCUCUGGACAGGCCGCUGGUGGGCCAGGACGAGUUUUUCUUGGAGCAGACCAAGAAGAAAGGAGUGAAGCGGCCACCACAUCUCCACAUAAGGCCCUCCCAGGCCCCCGCCGUGGAGGUGACGCCUGCCGGAGCCUCCUACAACCCGUCCUUUGAAGACCACCAGACCCUGCUCUCAGUGGCGCAUGAGGUGGAGCUGCGGAGGCAGAAGGAGGCGGAGAAGCUGGAGCGGCAGCUGGCCCUGCCCGCCGGGGAGCCGGCCGCCACCCAGCUGGGCCCUAACCCCACCCUGUCCCCACAGCGGGCACAGCAGGCUGCGGUGCGGGCUGCCCGGCUCCGGCACCAGGAGCUGUUCAGGCUACGCGGGAUCAAGGCCCAGGUGGCCCGGCGGCUGGCGGAGCUGGCGCUGCGGCGGAGGUGGCGGCAGGCACGGCGGCUGGCCGAGGCCGACAAGCCCCGCAGGCUGGGGCGGCUCAAGUAUCAGGCCCCCGACAUCGACGUGCAGCUCAGCUCGGAGCUGUCGGACUCGCUCAGGACCCUGAAGCCUGAGGGCAACAUCCUCCGAGACCGGUUCAAGAGCUUCCAGAGGAGGAACAUGAUCGAGCCUCGGGAGAGAGCCAAGUUCAAGCGCAAGUACAAAGUGAAGCUCGUGGAGAAGCGGGCGUUCCGUGAGAUCCAGUUAUAGCUGCGCGGCUGCCGGAGCCCCUCCCUUCAAUAAA